GCGGGAGGAGGAGGAGGAGGAUUCAGACGCUCGCCAGAGAGCGCAGUUUCGUCUGAUCGUGACCUCGAGUGAUGUCUCAGCCGACCACCAUGCAGCAGUCGUGGUGGAGGCUUUGUUCCGUUCUCUGUCAGAGGACGUUGUUGCUGUGGCGCCAGGAGUGCGCAGCCACCUCUGAGCAUGGUUCUGCCAGAGAGCAAUGCAUUGGUCGCUUGCAGUGCGAUGCCGCCUCAGUCUGCGUCUCAGCCGGCGGUCGUUUCGCCAUGUUCGUCGACACUGGCGCGUGUCGUGCUUUGCCACAGGCGCGUUGCAGUUGUUGCUAGGUGAGAGCAACCCCGUUCGUAGCCAGGAGUGAAUGUUAUAGCAGCCGUGAGAAUUAGGAUGCUCGACUCACCACGCGUAUGUAUACAGAUAUUUGUUUUGCAUUGCCAGAGGGCAUGCACCCCGUGUACAUUAUGGCCAGACAGCAAAGUGCUCCCUUCGGCCUGCCAGAUUUAUGUGAUUGCCCAAGGAGUGAUUCUUCUCUUCAGUUGUUGCCACAAGUUGGUAGCCUUCCGACGUGACCAGUGUGCGCCAUGCGGUUGCGUUUUUGAGGCAAUGCCAUGUCGUGCUGCCCACUCUUACCUCCCAGACCCCUCAGAUCAUCACUACAGUCGCUCUUGCCUUUAACCAAUCUGCAUGGGGGCUUAUGCAGCGUGACCCGGUGUGCCACUCGCGCUUGGGCGUGUUAGGCUUGUCGGGCGGGCUUGCAGGUGGGCUGCGCUUGCUGACUGCUUCGUGGUUUAGUUCCUUGGGCUGGUGGCUCUUUCAUGCCCCGGAAGGGAGCCGCCACCUACAUGACGAGAACACGGUCUUUGAUGGGGAUGGAGGAGUUAUCCCCAGGAGCGAUUCCCCUCCAAGCCCCCUCCCAAGCUGUCCGCCCGCCCCCGGCCGCCACCACAGGGCGCCCAGCGGGGUGCACACAGGCACCGAUAUUGGGCCUGAGAGCGGCGCGUAUGCCUUCUGCCGACGCCUGGAGGGCGUCCUCGUCCUCUUCGGCGUCGUAGUCCGUCGUCGUCGCUGUUUGAUCAUUCCGUUGGCACUGCUCGAAGAAGAGAAAACGCAACACACAUAAACUUUUGGCGCUCCGCGCGGAUUUCUUGGAUCCGCGCCUGGGCCCGCACCAGGGGGCGGCGGCAGGUGCGCCAGGGGCGGCGCCGGAGUGCCGUCCCCUCCAGCUGCGUAGAGUGCCUCACGCACGCCAAUCUCGGCUUGGGGAACACCGAAGACGAAUGCAUGUUUUUCUGCCUCCUCGCGCGCUUUACUUUGAGCCCUACUGGUGCUCGGGUCGCCGGCAUCCAACAGGUCUUUGUGCAGUGCCAGUUCUCUGCCACGUCCCCGCCCUCGUUCGGAGCUCUUCCCCUCGCUUCUCUGCUUCCCGCUCCGGCUAGUUCCGCGCUCGUGCAGGACAUGUGGUUCUACGGGCGGCCCGCCUUUUGAAGUGGUCCGUUCUGCGGUCAUUGCGCCCCUCAUAUACGCGAUCCUUGGGACUGCCCCCAGGAGAUCUUUGAUCAUGGGCCAGCAGCGAUGCCAGUGUAAAGCAGCAGGGAUGAUAUAGGCGAUGCUGAGGGCCGCCCCCAUGGCAUUUUUGAAGCACAUAUUCCUGUGUACCAGGCCGUGGGCCAGCGGCGAUGCUAGGAUAAAACAGCAGAGAUGAGAAAGGCGAUGCUGAGGGCUGUCCC